AGCUACUGUCAAAUAUCACAUCAGUUGCUUGUAGAACAGGAGAAACACAGAUCAUUUUUUAAAGAGGACCUUUUUUUUAUCUCCCCUUCUCUUUCUUUUCUCUUCCUCCUUUUAUCUAUCAACAUUUUGGAUAUCUUGGGGGGUUUUGUUUUUUCUUUAAAGCUUUUCUCUUGUGUUUGUGUGUACCGACAAUGGAUAUUGAUGUGUUUAAUGGUUGGGAGAGAUCAAAGUUUGAAGAUGAAACCCUAAUGCCACCUGGGUUUAGAUUUCAUCCGACUGAUGAAGAGCUCAUCACUUACUAUCUCCUCAAGAAGGUUCUUGAUUCCAAUUUCUCUUGUGCCGCCAUUUCUCAAGUCGAUCUCAACAAGUCUGAGCCUUGGGAGCUUCCUGAGAAAGCGAAAAUGGGAGAGAAAGAGUGGUACUUCUUCACACUAAGAGAUCGAAAAUACCCAACUGGACUGAGAACGAAUAGAGCAACAGAAGCUGGUUACUGGAAAGCCACUGGUAAAGAUAGAGAGAUCAAAAGCUCAAAGACAAAAUCACUUCUCGGGAUGAAGAAAACUCUUGUCUUUUACAAAGGCAGAGCUCCUAAAGGAGAGAAGAGUUGUUGGGUCAUGCAUGAGUAUCGCCUCGACGGCAAAUUCUCUUACCAUUACAUCUCUUCUUCAGCUAAGGACGAAUGGGUUCUCUGUAAAGUUUGUCUCAAAAGCGGCGUAGUUGGUAGAGAGACGAACUUGAUCUCUUCGUCUUCUUCCGCCGUCGCCGGUGAAUUCUCCUCUGCCGGAUCUGCCAUUGCUCCGAUCAUCAACAACUUUGUCACGGAGCACGUGUCCUGUUUCUCCAAGAACUCUGCUUCUCAUGCCGAAGCAAGCUUUCCGCCUACUACAUACCUUCAAGCUCCACCACCUUCACUGCCGCCACGUCACGUCGGUGAUGACGUGGCGUUUGGUCAGUUCUUGGAUUUGGGAUCAUCGGGGCAGAUUAGUUUCGACGCAGCAGCUGCAGCAGCGUUCUUCCCUAAUCUGCCUUCUCUGCCACCCACGAUGCUUCCUUCUCCUCCGUCAUUUGCAAUGUUCGGCGGAGGCUCCGCUAGCGUCUGGCCGUUUGCUCUCUGAUGAUCGUUCAUGCGGCUACAAAACUAUCUCUACUAUCUUUUAAUAUUUUAAAUCUACCGAAAAGACUUUAGAUUGCUUAAUUAGUGGCUUUGCAUUAGUCUCAAUUCGUAUCCACUGGUGUAAUGUUUCUAAACAUGAUGACAUCUAUCAAUCUAUGCGGAU